GCUAAUCUCUGUCUCUCUCUCUCUCUCUCUCUCUCUCUCGCCAACAGCCGAGAACAGGGUAGGAUGGUAGACACUGCAAGCACGUGCCUCAAUCUCUCUAUGUUUUCCAUGGAAAUUUGCCUCUAAUUUUCUCAUUUUUCACGGUCAGAAGUCAUUCUAAGAAAGCCUCUCUUUUAUUUUGUCUUGUUCUCUGUUCUUUUCUUAUCUUCGAUGAUCGUCAGUUAGCCGUGACCCAGAUCAGUUUAUGUCCGUCUUGAGUUUUAUUUUUUUCCUGGGUCUCCAUUAUUUACUUGCAACUUUCAAUAUAAGCUCUGCUCAGCGGUGUUUGGACUCUGUAUUGAUUCUUCAUCUCCUGCAUAUAAUCUUCUUUCUUUUUGUCAAAGUUGUCCUCUUGUUUAUGUUGUUUUAUGCAAUUUGUAUUUUCUGCCCUUCUCUAAUGCUUCUAUUUGAAUUCCAUUAGUGUUUUUCAUUUUCACAUUGUAAGGAAACUUUGAUUGGGUGAUCCCUAUGUCUAGUGUUCACAAUACUUACAAGCUGUUAAUCAACUGACUUAUUGUGAUCUUGGUCAAUAUAUAUCUCUGUCUUUCAAUUGACUUCAUUUUUACCUGGUUGAGAUCUCAAUUUAUAGCUUAAAUGAGCCUUACAACUCAUUUUCUUAUGCUUUAGUUUCUACGCCCAUUUCAGAUUUUCAGUUCUUGCCUGUUGCCUCACUUCAAAUUGUGCCCUGGGUACUGCUGAUAGUCUAGUAGUACUGUUGUGCAAAUUUUUGGUGUCAAUUUAACUCUCACAUUACAAGUUGACACAGUUAUUUAGAUAAUCUAUAUAUUGUUCAGCAUCCUAGAAUUUACUUGCCCUUGGAUCCUUUUCGAUUCAUGCGCCAAAUCCUUGCCCAUUGAUAUACGUUAGAAUACUCUAACUGUAGGCAUCAAUGUCAAUCUUAUGUGGCUUACCUCUCCUUGAGUGUGUCUACUGUCUAGCAUGUGCCCGCUGGGCAUGGAAACGGUGUCUCCAUUCCGCUGGUCAUGACAGUGAAACUUGGGGCCUUGCAACUGCAGAAGAAUUUGAGCCUGUUCCUCGCCUAUGUCGCUAUAUUCUAGCCGUUUAUGAAGAUGAUCUUCGGCACCCUAUGUGGGAGCCGCCUGGAGGGUAUGGAAUAAACCCAGAUUGGGUAAUUCUCAGAAAAACUUAUGAGGAUACUCUUGGAAGGGCCCCUCCCUAUAUAUUGUAUCUAGAUCAUGAUCAUUCCGAUAUAGUUCUUGCGAUCAGAGGCCUUAAUCUGGCAAAAGAAAGUGACUAUGCUGUGCUUUUGGACAAUAGACUGGGGAAAAGGAAAAUUGAUGGUGGGUACGUCCACAAUGGACUCUUGAAGGCUGCUGGGUGGGUUUUGGAUGCAGAGUGUGAGAUUUUGAAGGAGUUGGUAAAGAAGUAUCCAAAUUAUACUUUGACUUUUGCAGGACAUUCCCUUGGGUCUGGUGUAGCUACGAUGUUGACAUUGGUGGUAGUGCUAAGUCGGGAUAAAUUGGGAAACAUUGAGAGAAGAAGGGUCAGGUGCUAUGCUAUUGCACCGGCAAGAUGUAUGUCGCUUAAUUUGGCAGUCAGAUAUGCAGAUGUUAUUAAUUCUGUUGUGCUGCAGGAUGAUUUCUUACCACGGACGGCCACACCCUUGGAAGACAUUUUCAAGUCACUUUUCUGUUUGCCAUGCCUACUAUGUCUAAGGUGCAUGAGGGACACAUGUAUACCCGAAAAGCAUCUGCUCAAAGAUCCAAGGAGACUCUAUGCACCUGGUCGCCUCUAUCACGUUGUUGAGAGAAAACCUUUCAGAAUGGGAAGAUUCCCCCCAGUUGUGAGGACAGCAGUACCAGUGGAUGGCAGGUUUGAGCAUAUAGUUCUAUCCUGUAAUGCCACUUCUGACCACGCAAUCAUUUGGAUAGAGAGAGAAGCCACGAGGGCUCUGGAUCUAAUGCUGGAGAAAGAUCAUAUCAUGGAGAUCCCAGUAAAGCAAAGGAUGGAGCGGCAGGAGACUUUGGCCCGUGAACAUACUGAGGAGUACAAGGCUGCACUACAGAGAGCUGUUAUACUGGCUGUGCCGCAUGCAUAUUCACCUUCUCAGUAUGGAACUUUUGAUGAGCAAGAGGAAGGACUCAAAGGCCAUGAAUCACAAAUAUCAUCAAGUGGGGAAUCUUCUUUUGGUUCUUCAAGGAAAAGAAUGUCGAAAGAAAACUGGGAUGAAUUGAUCGAACGUCUAUUUGAGAAGGAUGAAUCUGGUCAUAUGGUGAUAAAAAAAUCACAUAGGAAUGAUUGAUAAUGAUGUAGCGGUGUAAGGAUAUCAUGAAAAAGAGUUGAGUAUGAGUUUGCGGCAAAAAGAGUUAUUCCUUGAUUCAUUUGUACAAUAAUUUUACUUCAAUUGAUUUUUGCAUUAGCUAAUGAAAUGAUUAAGUGUCUGUUUGGUAUUGUGUUUAGAGAAA